AUGGAGAAGUACACAGAAACACCACCUACCUUGCAGGUAGAGCAUUCCUCCUUUCGGGCAGAAAAUCCAUUUCUGCAGCCACAAAUACAGCAUCUGACAGAAGAGAACCCUGAUAUGAGGGGCCAAAUCAUGCCUGCCUUGGCCACCCCAAUGAUGUCUGUACCCUGCUCACUUGAGCAUCUCUCUCAGUUUCAUGGUGACCCUGACAAUCUCUCAGGAUUUCUUGCACAAGUGACUACCUAUUUGACAACUGUCAAUAUCCCGAAUCCUGCAGAUGAUGUCCAAGUCAAGUUUUUUUUUAACUACCUAUCUCAGAAGAUGGAAAGUUGUGGUAUCAUAUCUGGGCCUGACCAGAGCACUCUGGUGAAACAACAUGAAAAGUUUGUCCUUGAGUUCCAGCAAUCAUUUGGUGAGCCUACAAAACAGGAAAUAGUCCCUCUGAACAAAGAGGACAACUCCUGUCAUCAAGAUGCUUCUACUUUCAAGCUCCUUGCUCAAAAUCUGACCUGUAAUGAAACCAAUCAGAGUGAUCACUUCCAAGAGGGACUAGAUGACUCCAUCCAGGGUGAAGUGAGUGACAUAGAUAUGAUGGACAACCUUCCAGACCUGAUCACUCAGUGUAUUCAGUUGGACAAGAAACGUAAUAACAGGCCAGAGCUUCUACAGUCAGAAACCCAGCUCUCAGGGUUGGCUUCCCUGAUGCACCACCAACCCUUUUCUAGCCCCACAGAUAUAGCACCCAAGGAAGAACCUAUACAGUUGCGUGGAAACCAGCCACCUCUCACCCCAGCCAAACGAGCCCGCCAGCAAGAAGCUCAGUUGUGCCUCUACUGCAGCCAGUCUGGUCACUUCACAAGAGAUUGCUUUGCCAAACGAUCUCGAGCCCCAGCAAGGAUAAAUAACCCAACUCGCCAGUAA